UAUGUGUGAACAGGGUCAUCCCACAUCGAGUAGUUCCAGCGAGGACAAGCCCUUCAGGUCCGACAGUAAGGAAGGAGUCCAUCAGGAAUUAGAAGGCCAGCUUCCUUCACUUACAUCUCAAGCGAUCUCCGCAAUCAGUCUCCCCAGAGCAGAUAGUAACGAUGACCUAUGGGAGCCCAUUCCCGCGAUUGUGGAUAGAGUUCCUUCGGUUCCUGGGCUGCAUCUACCUCCAGUGCGACUGUCUGAGGAUCGUGCGGAAUUCGUGGUACAGAAUAUCCUUCCAUAUUUCCAGGGUGGCACAGUGAAUCAAGUUAUGCUGUUCGGUUCUGGUUCAUCUGGUCUCCCCUCCUUCAUUCUCGAGCUCAUUGGCGGUCUUUCGAUCUUGCUUCAACCCCAUCUCAAUGCAUCGACUUACACACUACUGUUCCCCCCGACUUCAAUAAACCAACGAUAUCCGGCCCGACAGAUUAUACUCAAUCUUUACCGUCCGGGGGAAGGGAUUUCGCCGCAUGUCGAUUUGCUUGGAAGAUUUGGCGACGGGAUCAUCGUUCUCAGUCUACUCUCGGGGGUGGUCAUGGAUUUUACUCCGGAGGAUGGUGCGUCGACCAACGCUCCAACUUGCCUCUGGCUACCACCCCGUUCAAUCCUCGUCCUGGAAGGAGAAGCCCGAUACCAAUGGAAACAUGGAAUACAGUCUGUAAAACAAGAUUUCAUUGAGAGCCGGGAUGGGAGUGGAACCAUCGAUGGUGUUUGGGUAGAUCGUGGCUUGCGCAUUAGCUGCACAAUACGUUGGCUCCUUCCCGGCGCUGAUCAACUCGGCUAUUGACCGAUAUGCUGUAAAAUCCGUGCAACAUCGGACGUAAGACCAUACAAUUAGGUGCGACUGUAGUUCCUGUUUCUUGCCGACUGUUUAGACCCAAUGUAAGAGAGGGUGCUUGUAUGCUUGAGAUGUGCUUAGGUGUUCGAACAUUGCCUGCAUAACAAUGAUCCAGACAGUUGAUAUAAUAUG